AUGUAUGACAAAGGUGGUCACCAGCAGUGUCAACUCGCCCAGCUGCACUCUGAUGCGGUCGACUUCCAGAAAAGCGGUCGACCAGUGCCCAUGAGUCUCGUACCACGCCUCCUUUUCCGAGCGAAGCCUGAUUGGAACGCUCCUGAAACCAUCCAACCUGACCGGGCAAACUUUUACACCAGCACCAAGGCCAUCGGGAAACUCUUCCGGGAAAUCCAAUUGCCAUCGCUUGAAGAUGCGGAAGUACAGGGUCGUCCUCAAUGGAAGAAAAUGGCACGUCAGCCGGGCACGUUCACGUUGGAGGAUGCCAUGGACAACCUCAGUCUGGAAGACGACGGCACGGAUCCGAUUUCUAUCGUCCUUCGUGCACGAAUCUCCGAAUUCCUGGACGCGGACGCUAUGGAUGAAAUCGAAGAUGCCGAAUGGGACAGCAUUGGCGAUCUCUUCGAAAGGUACACCGGCGAGCUGCAUAACAUAUGCGCUCACAAUUCGCUGGUCCAAGGCAGGAGAUGGACGUCUCUCACGGAAGAGGAGGUUCUGGUCGGGACCAUCGUAGCGAAGACGUCGCAGCCACGUAAGCGGAAGGAAGUGAUGGGCAAGAUGCGCGAGCAGGCCACGAUCCUUGUUAACGGCGUACGAAGCGAAUUGUCUGGUGAUGACAACACGCCAAUGGACAAUUGGCUAAAGAAUGCGUGGGUUGCGUGGCAAUUUGCGGCAACCGAAGAGGAGAACGAUGUGUUUGGUUCCAAAAGCUUUGGUAUCAUCGCGAUCGGUUCGAUUCUCGAGGCUAUCCGGACCAUCGAAGACUCCUUACGGAACGAUGGUAGAACUUUGUUGAAGUACUGA